AUGCCUUAUGGAAUGCACAUGUCCCGGGAUGGAAGAGGCCAGAAGAUGCAACUUCAUCAUGCUUUGGCCCUCAGGCAUUGGGCAACCCUACAGAUACGGGUCGAGACCGCAGAGGAGGAGACGAGGCUUGCAGAAGUGCAACCAGAAGUGCAACAAGAAGUGCAACAAGACGUGCAGAUUCACCCGCGGGGCGGGUUCAUUGCCCAAGCUACGGAGUACGCCGCAUUGUUUAUUGACAUUUCAUUCAUCCAAAGGCACACUGUAGUCUAUGUCGUCGUCGUUGAUUGCAAAUGCCGGGUGGCGAGGCGUAGCCAGUCAGCCGCCAAAGCAGUAGCAAGGCGGCGUGUCCUUAUACACAUGUUGAUGACCGAUGCCAAGGCCAUGGGCGGAAAGCAAAUCUCCCACACAGCCAAAGCCCAGAAUGUACAUGUAUCGCGCAUCAUCCCCCCGGCCAGCGUCAAGCACUCUUCUGCUAAGCCGGUACUUGAGAGGGGGAGGCACAUGCAGCAAGUGCCAGGGCGUUUUGGCGGGGCCGCGAUUUGGAUCCGCGUUUAUGACGCCGCAAUCGACGUCAUUUCUUUUUCUCUCUGCGACGCCACGCGACCAAUAGUGCCGGAGCCGUGCCCGAGAGACGAGGCGAAAGGAUCAUUCAUUGCUUCUAAAGGGUGUGGUAAAAAGAGCCGUGGACAAGAUGAGAGGGAAUCGCUUCAUUUCGGAUCAUCUCCUUUGGGAUUGAAGCCAUUGCCGCACCCACUUGAUCAAGCUUCCUUGGCUCGGGUACGUACGUCACAGUGGGCCGCGUACCUGAUCGAUGAUGUUGACUUUAUCAACAUAUGA